AUGGAUAUAAUUGAUGACUCAUACUAAGUUUUUUGUCAAAAGCACAAACACCAUUUAGUUAAUUUAAUUCAAAUUUCCUUAAACACUUAAUAAUUGCUAAAUUGUGAAGAAUGUGUAUUGGAAACAGGGAAUACAAAAGAUUAUAUAUCUAUCUAAACAAUUAAAAAAUGUAGAGAUGAUUUUAUUUUUUAAAAUUGGCCUCCAUUGAGUGAUUAUAAUUUAUUAUAGAAGAUCUAAAAAAUUUUAGAUGAUAACAAUGGCAUAAUAAAUAGAAUAGAAUAAGAAUUCAAUAAAAUUAUACAGUAAAUCAUUGAAUAGUUAGAAUAAUAGAAAAAAAUUAUUUUGAAAGAAGUAAAUGAAAAGUAGAAAUCAAUUGAGAAUCUUAUUAAAAUUUAUAACUAAAUAUCAGGAAAGGAUGAGUUAAAAUCAUUUUUUAAAUAGAAUAAUAAAAGUUUAGAGAACAAUGAAAAAAUUUUAUAUCAAUUCAUCCAAGAUAAAAUAUCAAACUGUUCUUAGAAUACAGAAAUCCUUCUUCAAGCAAUUAAAAAAGUUACACAUCAGAAUAAGCCGAAAGCAAAAGGAAAAUAAUUAACAAAUUUUGAAAAUGAUAAUGAACCAGAAGAAUAAUUCUAGUAUUAGUAAUUCUUAUUAUCAAAUUGUUUAAGUAAUCGAUCAGAAAGUUAGCAAAAUUAAUCAUAAAUUUAAUUAUUAUUUGGAAAAGCUUAAUAGUGCCUUUAUAAAUCUUCUAAACAAAUUAAAGUAGUUGAAAAUAAUUUUAUAACUCUUAAAAAAAAUAGUUCUUCUUAACACGGAAAUGUUUAUUUUAAUUACGGUUUAUCUAAAUAAAAAAAUUACAUAUUUAGAUUUUAAUUCCAUGAUAAGGCAGGUGAUUCUCUACUUAUUGGUUUAAAUGAUAACAAGUAAGAAAUAAAAUAUAUACAGAAGGCAUGCAAAAUUUUUUGUAGUAAUGAUUAAAAAUAUGGAGGAAAAGUAGAAAAAGGAGAGUAUUUCUAUUAAGUGUAUUAUCCAGAAUAUUCAUCUAUUAAUUCAUUAUCCGAAACACAGAAUAUUAAUCCUGAGAAAACUUAUUAUUUGUCGAUUGUUUUUGGAAAUAAAGAAAACUAUAAAACAACAAUAGACUUGAUUUAUUUUUAAGAAAUUGAAAACUGA